AUGGCUACCCCGACUCACCAGGUUCCAAAUGGCCCAGCUACUCCUGUCUAUAUUUUGCGGGGCCACGGAGCCCCAAUACACGCGUUGGAUUUUUUCUCCCAAAACUUGCGGCUCGUCUCCGGAGACGCCAACGGGUGGAUUGUUAUCUGGGACUUGGUCAGCAAACGCCCCGUAUCAGUCUGGAAGGCACACGCGGGCGCGGUGCUUGAAGUAAAAGGAUUUGACGACGGUAAUGGCGGGACACUAAUAUACACACAUGGCCGUGACCACAAGCUCUGUGUGUGGAAUAUCCGUGCGGGAGAUGAAGAUUUCCUCGAUAAGUCUCUCCCAGUUGAUGUAGCUGAAGGAAGAGCCUCGGAAAAGAGGGCCCAGCCAUGGCUGCUUCAUUCAUUGCCUGUCAAUGCGCUGAACUUCUGCGCCUUCUCCAUGACAUCCGUUCAAAUACCGGUUGACUCGUCUUCAAAUAAUGCACAGACUGACCAAUCUUCCAUAACAAAAAACAUCCUAUUCGCAGUCCCCAACGCACUGGAUUCUGGCGGAAUCGAUAUCUUUCACCUCCCAUCAGAGCUCCGCCUCACCACUAUCGCGUCAGACCCUGCCGUGAAAACAGGCAUGGUGAUGGCCGUCAACAUCUUUGUCGCUUCAACAGGCGAUGUCUAUGUUGCGUCGGCCUACGAAGACGGACAUGUUAUGGUUUUCGCUCACAAGGGACCUCUCGCCACGACUGAUUUUGAGCGUGAGAACAUUCUCUCCAAGCCAUGGAAGUGGGAACGACUUUACGCUAGUUGCCCGCAUAGUCAACCUGUUCUUUCGAUCGACGUUUCUCCCAAACGUGACUGCUUUAUCUCAUCUUCUGCUGAUGCGUUGAUUAUUAAACAUCCUGUGCCGAUGAUUGAAGACAUUCCUGUCAUCAACUAUAAGGAAGAGACACCAUUAAAAACCAUGAAUACAAAGCAUUCAGGCCAGCAGGGGUUGAGAUUACGCAGUGACGGGAGAAUUUUUGCGACUGCUGGCUGGGACAGCAGGGUGAGGGUAUACUCGGGGAAUACGUUGAAGGAGCUUGCUGUCCUGAAAUGGCACAAGGAUGGCUGUUACUCGGUCGCGUUUGGGGAAGUUGAUCCAUUAUCACAAACUCUACAUCCGGUCAAAACGGGGGGCCAAGAAACGUCUGAAAAUGACGAGGGGAACCAAGGAAAGCUGGUUGAAAAUAGGGGUCAAUCUCUUGCAGCUCUCAAAUAUCAAAGAAGCCUAAAGAUACGACAGAAACAUUGGUUGGCAGCGGGGUCCAAGGAUGGGAAAAUUUCAUUAUGGGAUAUCUACUGA